AUGCCAAUAAAACUUGAACGAAAACAUGCUUUUCCAUUAACAUUAGUGCCAAUAAUGCUUGCACUUGGUUUUGUUCUUUUUAAAUUAUUUACAGCAAGUAAAAUAACAAAUCCUGAAACUGGUCGAACAAGUCGAAUUGCUCUUAAUCCUGAACAAGAACUUAAGUUAGGUUUAGAAGCUUAUGCUCAAGUACAAAAAGAUGAAGCAUCAAAAAUUGUUCGCAGUGGAUCUAACUUUGAUUUAGUUCAACGAGUUACAAAUAAACUUGCUAAAGCAGCUGCUCAAAAGGCAACUGUUCGUUACGACUGGGAAGUCAGUGUUAUUCAAUCAAAUGAAAAAAAUGCUUUUUGUUUACCCGGCGGCAAAAUAGUUGUUUAUACGGGUAUUAUUCCAAUAGCAAGAAAUGAAGCAGGAUUAGCCACUGUACUUGGUCAUGAAAUGGCCCAUGCUACUUCGAGGCAUAGUGCCGAAAGACUUUUUCGUUCGGAAAUAUCUCAAACUCUGUUAGGUGGUGUACAAGGAAGCCUUGCUCAAAUGGAUCCAGGUCAAAGACAGGCAAUAAUGGCGGCAUUAGGUGCUGGUGCAAAAUAUGGAUCAGUAUUACCAUUUUCUCGUGAACAAGAAUCUGAAGCCGAUCAUAUUGGUUUAUUAUAUAUGGCUCGUGCUGGUUAUGAACCAAAAGAAGCGAUUGCUUUUUGGCAAAGAAUGGAUGAAGAACUUGGUAAAGGUUCUCCACCACAAUUUCUCUCCGAUCAUCCAUCACAUCAUACACGUAUUAGUCAACUUAAAACAUGGAUGCCACAAGCAGAAAAAGAAUUUUCUGAAUAUCAUAGUCGUGCACCAGCUGCAUGA